AGAGUUAGGUACCUAGGUACGUAUCUCCUACGAUACAAUUGGAACAAUUACUUAGGUUGAACCCAUAAUUUUUUGACGUGUAUUUUCUUCGCCUUGUCAUACAAUUUCAACUUCAACCUCGAAUUCGUAGCUUCGAACAACACCGACGCGCGCAAUUAAUAUAUGUUGCAAAGCGAGCGAUAUCUGACAAAUUCAUACUUUGGAUGGCCUUUCGAAUUGCCUGCUUCUACCUAUCUACCGUCUUCGCGUCCCUGAACACAAUGAUCAUCUGAACAAGGGCUAUCUCCGAUUCCCAACUCCCUCUCUACUUUCCACCAUGGCUGUGAUAGCCCAAUUCCUUACCGGUGUCCGCGAUAUCCUUAAACGUCUCGACGGAGAAGCAUUACGAGAUUGGCUAAAGGUCGAACCGCCUUUACCGCAGGAGUAUUACAACCUUGCAUUAGAACUGAAGAGUUCAUAUCAAGAUGAUGGUGCGCUUGAAAAGCUCAUCGAAAAAAGCCUCCCUGAAGAAGAUGACGUCCCAGAAGGCCAGGGAACAACAUGGCCCGGCUUUAUAUCUUUUAUAAAAGACUACUUCCUGUACUGGAGAGACGUGGAAUUCGAUGACCUUCUAGGCGCCCACCAAUUGCUCACAGCCUUGACCAAGUAUGUUAACUCGACAGUUCUGAUAUUACAUCGAGCCCGACUAAACCGAAUAGUUCAUGCGCCACGGCGCUUAACAAUCCCACGUAUGGAACAAUCAUGUUGCAGUCGAGCAUAUCGCUUUGCGCUUCUCUAUCAACCUUGUCGAUGACUUUAAAUAAACGCCCUGAUCUUAUGAGGAAGUUGGCUGCAAUCCAUGCCGGUGACGAGGAACGGAAAUCGGUUAUCGAAAUCACAGCAGAAAUCAUGCAGAAGUUUUUCACUACAUGUCUCACCGACAGGU